CGAUUACGGGAGACUGCGUGGGACCCUCUCGCCCUUUAUACACCCAAAUACACUUCUCACCCUUUUCUCUCUCUCUCUCUCUCUUGCAACUUCUCUCUCUAGAAAGCUUCGUCUGGUUUUCCAGUUUUGCUUUCUCUCAUGGCGUCCUCGCGGGAGGGGCACUACAGAGGGGUGAGGAAGAGGCCGUGGGGAAGGUAUGCCGCCGAGAUAAGGGACCCAUGGAAGAAGACGAGGGUUUGGCUCGGAACCUUUGACACGCCGGAGGAAGCAGCGCUGGCCUACGACGGCGCAGCCAGGUCCCUCCGCGGGCCGAAAGCCAAGACCAACUUUCCGUCGCCACCGACCGGUCUCUCCCUCGACCUCAACCUCCCCUCCGAUCGGUGGACCUCUACCUCCGGCCGCCUCGUCAUCGGUGAGUUCCUGCAGACCGGCGUUCUCAAGGACGUGAACUGUGCCGGCGAGACCUCAGCGGGUAACGGCUGCGGUGCCGUUCCGGAGGGCGUCAGCGCAGGAACUGAGAGCUCCAGUGCGGCGGCAGCAGCGUCUUUCUUGGGACUCGUCCGGCGCGGGUUGCCCAUCGAUUUGAACGAGCCACCGCCGUUGUGGAUGUGACGGGGACGAGAACGAGAACGAGAUCGUGAUGGUUUGUUGUACGCCACGUAGGCGUUCCACGGCGACGUCGUUUUAAAAUGAGUCUUUUUAUUCUCUCUCCAUGUCUAAUAUUUUCCUCUUUAAUUUUCUUUUUCUUACCCUGUUUUGAGUAUGAUAUGUGAUCAUGUGUUUCGAUGGGUAGCAGAGGAGAGAGGGGGGGGGGGGGGGAGGGGCCAUUGAGAAGGAAGAAUCAUUGUAUGUAUAUAUUUUUGAAGUUUGGAGAUUCCGUUAAUCAUCAUGCAACUAAACUACUUCAGUUUUAUUA